AAAUGUGACAGAAGAUGGGGGAUUGGAAUUUAUUGGGCAGCAUUUUAGAGGAGGUCCAUAUGCACUCCACCAUUGUGGGGAAGAUUUGGCUGACCAUCCUGUUUGUUUUUCGGAUGCUUGUGCUUGGUGUCGCAGCAGAGGACGUCUGGGAUGAUGAACAAAGUGAAUUUGUUUGCAACACGGAGCAACCUGGCUGCAAAAACGUUUGCUACGACCAGGCUUUCCCAAUCUCUCUGAUCCGUUAUUGGGUCCUUCAGAUCAUAUUUGUGUCCUCUCCCUCUUUGGUUUACAUGGGCCACGCGUUGUACCAUUUGAGGACCCUUGAGAAGGAGAGGCACCGAAAAAAAGCAUGUCUGAAAGCUGAACUGGAGGCGACGGACCCCGUUCUCGACCAUAAGCGAAUAGAGCGGGAGCUCAGAAAACUGGACGAACAGAAGAAAGUGAGGAAAGCGCCCCUUCAAGGCUCUCUGUUGCGAACAUACGUUUUCCAUAUCUUGACCAGAUCUGUAUUAGAAGUGGGUUUUAUUGUAGGUCAGUGUGCUCUGUACGGGAUCGGGAUGUCUUCUCUGUACAAAUGUGAGAGGUUACCUUGCCCCAACAGCGUGGAUUGUUUUGUGUCACGGCCAACUGAGAAGAACAUUUUCAUGGUUUUCAUGUUGGUUAUAUCCGGAGUUUCUUUAUUCCUCAACCUUCUUGAGAUCUUCCAUCUGGGGGUGAGGAAAAUCAAACAGAGUUUGUAUGGUUUUAAAUAUGGAGAUGGUGAGAGUGUGUGCAUGUCAAAGAAGAACUCCAUCAUCCAGCAGGUUUGCAUACUCCCGAAUUCCUCUCCACAAAGACUGGUGCACCUUCCACAAAUGGUCUGCUCAGUUUUGUCCGGCUCCCUUGAAGAAACUCAACCGUUGAAUCUCACCUCCUUAGCCCCUCUUGUACAGGUGUCUGACAUUGUCAACCAGAUUCCAGCACAGACCCACCAGCCAAGCCAAGUGGACAUCCAGCAUCUGGGACAUCUGAGAGCUACGGAGCGGCAACUCACUCUGGACAUUGGGAUACAGUCAUCUUGUAGUGAUGAUUCAGAUGCACCUCCUACCUCUGGCAUGCUGCAGUAUACUAGCGCUCGACCCACAUUAUUGGCCAGCCACAUGGAAACACCUGCAGCCCAGAGCAAUAAACAACGAGAGAAGAGUGGAAUCUGUGUUUAUAAAGAACUAAGUGACACAGGGGAUUCUCCUGGGAGUGAGCAUUUUUCAACAGGCCGGAAAUGCAGUUUCAUGUCCAGAGUCAUGUCUGAUGGAAGGCUAUCACCCAGUCUAUACUCUAUGAGUGGAACAAGUGCUGAGGCCCCAAACUUCAACAAGGAAGAGAGUCCUGUGGUGACUCCACCGCCUCCAUCGAGCGGGAGGAGAAUGUCUAUGACCAUGCUGCUGGAGCUAUCUUCCAUCAUGAAAAAGUAA